UCGCAUUCACGUUAGUUAUUUACGUUUGUACGCGUAGUUCAUUCAUUUACAUUCAAUGGUUGUGGGUUUAGCAGAAUGCCCUCAUGGUGCGAUCGCGUGGAUUAUUUUUCCUGCUAGAACAUAAGGGAGAUCAGUCUUUGGAACGACGUACAUAAGUCAAUAAUCUACCUUUCGACAGGUAGUUGAUCAGAAGUGGAUUGUGUGCCUACUCAAUUAGUUUAGGAUCUGGGGGCGUUGAUCUGCAAAAUGGCUUUACUCAAGCUGUUGCUAUUCUCGGCCGUUUUCGGCUUCAGUAUCUGUGAUAACAAAUAUGAUUUUAUUAAUUUACCCAAAUCGCAUCUUCCGCUGUACUUUCGACGUUUUCCGCAGCUGGAAGAGAAAUGCCUGAACGACGAUUCUUGCGAAUAUCGAAGUGUUUUGACCAGUGACACGUUCAAAGCGAAGAAAGCAGCAACCUGCUGGGGAUAUGAGGAUGAUUGUGAUGUGGCCAAACGGUUCUCUAAACCUAAGUGCCCCGGUAACUAUCAAGGUUAUGUAAAAACAAAAGAGGCUCAAGUGGAAACAUUCUACAGUCAAGCAGAUUUUGGGUUUCUGCGAGAUCAAAUCCGAGAAAUGAGAAUAAUGUGUGAACCAACCUUUCCCCAUGAUUCUGCGCUAGAGUGUUCCAAGUAUUUACGGUUUUGUCGAGGUAGGAACAUUAUGGUUAACUUCACUGAUUUGGCGAGUCGAAGAGAACCCCUCCGUUACAAAAUGGACGUUCUGUCACAGGGCCAAAUCGGAGGUCAUUGUAAGUUCCACCGUCAACGAUUGGAGAACGAGCUCGAACACAUAAGUCCGCUUCAAUCAUGGGGACCAGAAUUGCGGUUCUUCGAAACCCUAAGUCAACCACUAGAGCAAAGUGAGCACUGCGACCUGACGAUUGAAAGGCCUGCCUUUAUCAUGAAAAUCGAUGCCACCAGUAACAUGUACCACCACUUUUGUGAUUUUAUCAAUCUCUACGGAUCUUUACAUGUAAAUCUAUCGGAUCCGACUGCGUUCAGUACCGAUGUGGAAAUAAUGGUGUGGGAGUCAUUCAGCUACAGUUCACCUUUUGCAGAAACUUUUAAAGUGUUCACCAAACAUCCGAUUGCGGAUUUGAAGACCUACGCGGGGAAGGUAGUCUGUUUCAAAAAUCUCGUUCUUCCCUUACUUCCAAGGAUGAUCUUUGGAUUAUACUAUAAUACUCCAAUCAUUUCUGGCUGUGAAAACAGCGGUCUCUUCCAAGCUUUCUCGGAACAUAUACUGCAUCGAAUGCGCAUUCCAUUGAAGAGCAACUCGGAUGGUAAGAUACGGAUCACGUUCCUUUCCCGGCAAACGAAAUUCCGUCGGGUGCUGAACGAAGACGAACUGUUGAAAGCAAUUUCAGUCAACGAAGAAUACAAAGUCAACCGCGUCAGUUACUCCUACCAGAUGGACUUUCGGGAACAGCUGAAAAUCACCCGAAAUACUGACAUUUUCAUUGGAAUGCAUGGCGCCGGCCUGACUCAUCUGCUCUUCCUACCGAAGUGGGCUGUCCUGUUUGAAUUGUACCACUGUGAGGACACCAACUGCUACAAAGAUUUGGCUCGGCUGAAGGGAGUGCGUUACGUUACUUGGACGCGGGAUGACCUAGUGUACCCGGAAGAUGAAGGUCAACAUCCGGACGGCGGUGGAAGACAUGCCAAGUUCACUAACUAUGCGUUUGACAGCGCGGAAUUCGCCCGGCUGGUGGCGAAAUCGGCUGAGCAUGUUGUGAACCACGAAGAGUAUAGGCACUUUUUAGAACGGUCACGGAAGAAAAAGGAGAAAACUGCCCCGAGGGAAGAACUGUAAUGUGAAUCACUCAACCGCCGACGGAAUGUACUUAAUCGAGAUUCUGGUUCCAUUAGUGCAGCGCUAAUAGGUUCCUGUAAAAUGUUUACCAACGUUGCCUUAUUACAACGAACAUAUAUCAGUAUGCAAUUCUAUGGUUCCUUGUAUUUAAUAAAUAUUUGUUUUUGAAU